CUGCCUCCCACUGUCGGGACGUUCAUUCAUACGCAGCAACUCAACUCUAUACACAACCGGAGCAUUCAACAAGGGUUUGUCGAAAUAUAAGGCUGUUUGCAGUGACACAUCCUAGCCUAUUCCUCGUUGACAUUCCAGACACUAUUUAUAAAAGCGAAAUUAAAGUGUUUUCCGUCUCCCAUGUUGGCACGCAUAGAGACGAGAAGAUCCCUAUUGCGAAUUGGGGAGCCAUAGAACAUCCAUCAAAGUUGACAUUUUGUGGCGAAUAACUCACAAGUUAUUGAAGAACAACAGAAGAGGAAAAUAACAGAAAACAAGAACCCAACUGGACUUUCUUAUUCGCUGCUCAUUUGAAUGCGCCCUGAGACCUCCUUGGAUGACGGUCGGGUUUUAUUUAGUAUCUGCUCGGUGGAUGCCUCGUCAGUUUAUGUGUCCAUAACACCGAUCAUGGAAUGAGUACUUCACACACCGACAUUUGGCGGGAUGUGCGUAAUUUGUUAACCGAAGGUCUUUGACUCCACUACAACGCAGAGACCCAGUUUUAUUCGUGCCCACGCAGGUACCUUCAGACUGUCGUCUGGUUUCCACUGUUGAUCCACGUGCCUUGGGAGAGUUAAUCUAACGACAACGGGUUUCAUUUUAGAGGCAACUAUCAGAAGAAACAUAGAGCUAUAUAUUCCACAGAGAGUCCGUUUAACUGGAUCCUACUGCGGUACACAAAUGGUCUUCCUUUGGGACGCCAAAUACGACCCAGCACCUGGUCGGCGCUUCUCCCCCCCUUCCACCACCCUGUUGUCAGGUAAGAUGAGUGAGGGUCUGCCCCUGGGUGCCCAGGAGAGCAGUAGCGCCGCCCUGGUGGGAAAGUUGCGUAUUGCAGACCGAGGCAUGGUGGAGGUGCUGUCAGAACACCCAGGAGAACUGGUGAGGACAGACAGCCCCAACUUCAUCUGUUCUGUCCUACCCACACACUGGAGGUGCAACAAGACGCUGCCCAUCGCAUUCAAGGUGGUUGCCCUUGGUGAUAUCCCUGACGGUACCUUGGUCACGGUGAUGGCGGGGAACGAUGAGAACUACUCAGCAGAGCUCCGCAAUGCCACGGCCGCCCUCAAGAACCAGGUGGCUCGCUUCAACGACCUGCGCUUCGUAGGCCGCAGCGGACGAGGGAAGAGUUUCACUCUGACCAUCACGGUGUUCACCAACCCUCCCCAGGUGGCCACCUACCAGAGAGCUAUCAAGAUCACCGUGGACGGGCCCAGAGAACCACGCCGCCACAGACAGAAGCUGGAGGAUGUGAAGACGGGAGCAUUGGCCUUCUCCGAGCGUCUGAGUGAGCUGGAGCAGCUAAGGCGGAGCUCCAUGAGGGUCACGCCCCCUCACCAUCAUCACCACCACGCCCCCACUCCCAAUCCCCGGCCCGCCCUGAACCCGGCCCAGUUCAGCAACCCCACACACCACACACAGAUACCAGACUCUAGGCAGAUGCAGACAUCUCCGUCGUGGUCCUAUGAGCAGUCCUACCCCUACCUGGGUCAGAUAACCACGCCCACCGUCCACUCAACUACGCCCAUAUCACCCAGCCGCUCCUCCCUCAGUGACCUGUCCAGCCGCCUCUCAGGCCCUGACCUCACAGCCUUCAGCGACCCCCGUAUGUCCCUGGAUCGCCCGUUCUCCUCCCUGACCUCGCUCCCUGACAGCCGCUACCCUGACCCGCGCAUGCACUACCCUACUGGGGCCUUCACAUACACCCCUAACCCUGUAUCCAACGGCGCCAUUGGACUGACUAUGGCGACCACCCCUGCUGGGCGUUACCACACCUAUCUCCCCCCGCCCUACCCCACAAACGCCCCCCAGGGCCAAAGUGGACCGUUCCAGGCCGGUUCCUCUCCCUAUCACCUGUAUUAUAGCACGGCCGCUGGGUCCUACCAAUUCUCCAUGAUGGCGGGGGGAGGCGGGGAGCGGUCUCCUCCGAGGAUAUUCCCUCCCUGCACCAACGCAUCCACAGGCUCCUCCCUCCUGCACCCGUCUCUGCCAAAUCAGAGCGAAGGGGUGGGGGUGGAAGCGGAGGGAAGUCACAGUAGCUCCCCUACCAAUAUGGUACCCGAGGCUGUAUGGCGGCCAUAUUGAGCACGGCAGCGGGGUUGACAAAUUAUUGACGGACUUGCUGGCUAAUUGGAGUGGAGAAGGGGCUUUCACGGAGCGUUCCUAUUGGAUCAUUAGAAUGAUCAAGGAACAAAUUGAGGAGGGAACAGAAACUGGGUGCCAUUUUACACCGAGGAGCAUGCAGCAGCACUGAACUGAAAAUAAUUCAGCUUUGUUUUAUAAAAGGAUUGUUUGCCAUGGUUAUGAUUGUUGUCGGUAUUAUGAAUUACUCGUGGCCAAAAAUACAAUGGGUGAUUUUUAUGUGUGCCACAGGCACUCCCUUCCUAUCCCACCACCCCUUGUACCUCAUCCCCCUCUCCUCCCUUAUUCCACCUCCCCUUGUACCUCCUCCCCCUCUCCUCCCUUAUCCCACCCCUCCUUGUACCUCCUCCCCCUCUCCUCCCU